AUGAAUGAACGCUUUUCAUCUGAAAAUUUAAUUACAAGUGUAUUGAAAACGACGGAUAAUUUGAAGAAUAAAACAACAAGAGAUUUAAGUAAAGAAGGUGCUACAUUUAUGUGGUAUCAAUUAUUAACAGAUAUAUUGCUCAAAAUUCCGUAUUCUAAUGAUAAGAACGUUAAUCGAGCACAUGAAGAAAUGAUAGCUGAAUGUCGAUUAUACUAUGCGGAUGACGACAGUGAAUUAAGAAAAAUUGAUCAUUUUGCAAAAUGUUACGACUGCAAGCAAGCUUUAUAUUGGUAUACUUGCGAUUCUUUUGUAUAUAAAUUAUUAAAUCGAGCAUUGCGUACCGAAGAUAUUGAUGUCAUAUUUAAAUUUCGUUCAUUUAUUGUCGAUUUACAUCGAUCAAUAAAAUCGGGAUAUAGUGAAAAGUAUCAGUCAAUUGACAAUUCAAACUUGAUAGUUUACCGUGGACAACAAUUAAGUCGAAACGAAUUCGAAAUUAUCAGACAAAAUAUACAUGGAUUAAUAGCAAUGAAUAGUUUUCUAUCAACAACAACAAAUCGAUCUUUAGCUGAAAUAUUUGCUGGUAUAAGAAAUGAAGAAGAACAACUCGAAGCUGUUUUGUUUCGAAUCGUUCUUGAUAAUCAAUUGGCCAUUUUAUCAUACGUGGAAAUUGACAAUAGUGCCGAAGAUGAAAUACUUCUUUCAAUGAAUGGCAUCUUUUGUAUUGAUUCUGUUCAAGAAGAAGAAAGUAAAUGGAUAGUUAAUUUGAUAUUAGCAAGUCAUGGAAAUGAAAGUUUGAAUAGUUUAUUAGAAUUUAAUCGUCAACAUUACAUUGGUACAUGUCCAUCUGUCAUUACACUUGGUCGAUUCCUCUGUGAAAUGGGUGAAUAUAGAAAAGCUGAAAAGUAUUUUGAUUUAUUAUUAGAUCAAAACGAAGAACAAUUAAUAAAUCUGACGGAAAAUGAACUUGCUUCUAUAUCACAGAACUGUGGAUAUGUAAGUGUUCAGAAAGGUGAUUAUAAUAGAGCUAUUUAUGACUAUGAACAUGCACUUCAAAUAUUUUUGAAAACAUCAGAUCAACAUGGUUUAGUGUGUACAUAUGUUGGUUUGGCUAAUCUCAGCAGUUUAACUGGAAACUAUGGACUUGCAAUUGAAUACUUAAACAAAAUACCGAAUAUAUCAAAGGAAGAUACAUUAUCAUUACAACAAUUGGAUCUUGUCAUUUGUAGAUGUACGGCUAUUGGAAUGACUUUUCGAGAAGUCGGGAAGUUUGAGGAUGCCGAGAAACAUAUUAAAAGUGCACUUGAUUCACAUUUAAAGUAUUAUCCAAAAAACGAUCCACGAACUGGAAAACUAUUUAUAAAUCUUGGUUUAAUCAAAAAUGACCUUAGUCUCUAUGAAGAAGCUUUUAAUAAUUUUCAACAAGGUCUUGAGAUUUAUGCAAAAUCUUUGCCACCUGGCCAUUACGAUAUUGGAAUUGCUUAUUCGAAUUUUGGUCUUUCUCAAGUGAACUAUGGUCAAUAUCGAUCCGGAUUAGAGAAUCUCACCAAAGCUUCACAAUUUUCAACCAUAAAUGAUUCAUUGAAAAGUAGAAUCUUCAAUAAUAUGGGUUUGGCUUAUACUUAUAUGAAUGAUACUGAACAAGCCUUAGAAUUCUAUGACAAAGCUCUUAAUUGUGAGUUGUCACAAAUACCAGAUGCUGAUUUUCCAUUUAUUGCAACAAUUUAUAGUAAUAUAGGAACAAUAUAUUCUGAUAAACAAGAUUAUAAAUACGCAUUGAUUUACUUUCAAAAAGCUCUAGGAUUUCAAAUCAAAUCAAUUCCAUCAAAUCAUCCUCAUUUAGCUUUGACGUAUAAUAAUAUCGGAACUAAUUAUUAUUAUGAAAAUCAAUAUGUCGAAGCGAUAUAUUACUACCGAAAAGCCGUUGAUAUUCAAUUGAAAACACUCAAAUGGAAUCAUCCAGAUUUAGCUGUAACUUACAAUAAUAUUGGUAAUAUUCAUCGAAUGAAUAAUGAUAUUGAAUUAGCCAAGAAUAAUUUUGAAUUAGCAUUGGAAAUUGCUUUACAAUCUCUACCAGACGAUCAUCCAACUGUCCAAAUCUAUCGGGAGCAGUUGUUAUCAUUAUGA